AUGUCCGCUGCCCACCUCCACCAAUAUGAUAACAACACCACUAUUUCGUUUGAAUAUCAGGCUCGUGCACUCUCACAGCUCUCCACUGAUCUAAGUACUACCUGCAUUCUCCCGUCUCAACCCACUCAUCAGGGGCAUGAAAGAACAGAACUUUCCGGUCCAGCUCGGACUACUUUGGUCAAAGAUGAGCUACUUCUCGGAAUUAUUCUUCUGGGCAUGACUUCAGCAUGGAAUGAUGCCUCUUCUCCAGGGUACUCGCAUCUCAUUGGAUCUAGAGUCCUCUUCAAGUCAUGGGUGUCCGUGAACGGAUUAAAUACUGCGAACACGGCAUCCGCGAUGACUGAUAUACAAAGGUUCAUUGUUUCCUCUUUGGUUUAUUGGGAAGCACUGAGUUCUUUUGUGGUUGAUCAGCGAACAGAAGAUCUUGCCUACCUAGACUGCCUUGCUAACCAACGUUGGACCGGAACCAUAACCCCUAGUCCAUGGACUGGUGUGGCCACCCCCAUAUUCAUACAUCUGGCUAAGGUUGGGUCACUAAUGCGCAAGAAGAGAGCUCUAAGAAAUAUUUCUCUCUUCAGAAACAGCGAGACAUACCGUGAUGCACUCUACUUUCAGCUUGUAGAGGAUGCUCGUGCUUUGGAGCAGGCCAUUCUCGGUUGGCGGGUGCCCUUUGUCAGCUUGAUCGAGGACACUGGGGACCCCCGUGCUCCCCCGAAACAUUUCUGGGGGCUCGCACGCUGCUAUCGUCUGGUUGCCUUCAUCGAGCUGUACCGAGCCUUUCCAGAAAUCGUGGAGAACCACUCUGGUCUUACCGUUCCCGGUUGCGAAUCGGCAGCUCCGGGUGGAGACUAUCACAACCCGUUAAUAUUGAGCCUUGCUUUUGGAAUUCUAGACAUACUCAAGAACAUCUUGAGUGACUCAAGCACCCUCCCGGUCCAAGGCCUGGCGCUAGUCGCGGCAGGGAGCGUGCUGGGACGUGUCGGCUCGCCAGAGAAAGCGACCCUGGACCAGGAAGUGAUGGAAUGGAGAGCAUUUGUGCGCGAACGGAUGGUUUUGCUGCACGGCUUCGUUGGGCUCCGUCCCGUGAAACAUGCCGCCAUCAUGAUUGAGGAGUCUUGGACACGAAUGGACGCCUUAGUAGAUUCCAACUCUGGGUUCGAGUUUGAUGGCAAUAUGUUAUCGGAUAGCGUGCAUUGGAUGGAUAUUAUGAUAGAGAAGAGGCUUGAGACAAUACUUGGUUGA